CGGUCGGGAAGAAGUGGGGGGGGAGGAGGGAAGCGGUGAAGUUCUCCUGGGAGCCGCCAUUUUCCGGAGGGGAAGAUGGUCAGCUCUUAAAGCGGCAGCGCUCCGUGCUGAGAGGCGGCUCGGCGGUGGCUCUCAGGCGAGACGCUGGUUUGGGAGUGGGAAGGCCCGCAGGUCCGUCCGCCGUCUCCUUCGGUUACCACAGCCGUGGGCAGACCACGUCGGGAGCAGACCGGACGGGACUGGUGUGUGUGUGUGUGGGGCCAAGGCCUCUUUCACUGCCCUCCCUCCUCAAAGGGCCGCCCAGAAGCCUUCAGGCAUCGAAGGGAAGCCUGGCAGGGCUGAAGCGCUCGCGGAGGUGGCCAUGUUUCCUACCACCAGGAAGUGAGCGAGUGUUGCUGGAGCCCAGCAGCUAUGGCAGCUGAUGAGAGGGACUACAACCUGACGGAGGAGCAGAAGGCUAUCAAAGCCAAAUACCCACCGCUCAAUAAGAAAUAUGAAUAUCUGGAUCACACAGCAGAUGUGCAGCUACAUGCCUGGGGAGACACUUUGGAAGAAGCCUUUGAGCAGUGCGUUAUGGCCAUGUUUGGCUACAUGACUGAUACAGGGACCGUGGAACCUGUGGAUACAGUAGAGGUAGAGGCAGAAGGACACGACAUGUUGUCUCUUCUCUUCCACUUCUUGGAUGAGUGGCUGUAUAAAUUCAGUGCUAAUGAUUUCUUUAUACCCAGAGAGGUGAAAGUGCUUUACAUUGACCGAAUGCAAUUCAAAAUAAGAUCGAUUGGGUGGGGAGAAGAGUUCUCUUUAUCCAAACACCCUCAGGGUACAGAGGUGAAAGCCAUAACUUACUCAGCAAUGCAGAUCUGUGAAGACCAACAGCCAGAAGUCUUUGUCAUCAUUGAUAUUUAAAGCAAGAAACGUGUGGUGGAGUGGAUACUUGUCAGUGGUUGGCAAAAGUAAUUUGAAAACUGUAAUCCUGUGGAAGUAACUAAGGAAUUGGCCAAUUCAAGUCAUAAACUGAAGGGGGUGAUUGCAGGGAAUGUCAGCUUGUGUUUUGACUUGAGGAUGGUGAGACAGAGAAAUACCUGCAUGCCAGGAAAAAAAGAUCUAGCUGGGGCUCGGGGGAUGUUGAGAAGAAGAAAGAGAGUGCUGGGGUUGGAAGUCUCAGGAAUGCUAGUAGUCAGCUGUUAAGGCUAAUACAUGUGUUAGGGGUUAUAUGAACUAAAUAGAUAACUUAAUGGAGCUGCUAGCUAAAGUACUGUCUUUUUGUAGGGUUGCAGGAGAUAACGUUCAUCUACAUUAUUUCAUUUACAGAUUUGUGUGUUCUAAUUCUGAGGUGACAUCCCUUCUCCGUAUUAUCUAAAGGGUCCAAAAUACCUGCAGUGGGACAGAUUUACUGUUGAAAAACUCCUGACUGAUCAAAGGACACCUAAGAAAGUAUCCAAUUAAAAAACCAAACCACCACACCUUCUAUACUACUUUAAAAAAAAAAAGUCAUACCAGCAGGUGGUGCUGAAUUGCUGUAAAUAAAUUUCCACGUGAAAUCCUAAAGCAUGUGACCAUGUGCAUGGAAUCCUAAGAGCACCUAUUAUCACUCUAAAAAGUAGGCAGCUCUGCUGCUGCCAUAGAAAGGGGAUGCUCUGGAUUCUCUGCAGGUUCACUCCCCACUAUGUCUUGUGAAAGCUGGUUCUUUUCUUUUAAAAAGCAGACUAUUUAAAUAAUUUCUUCCAUUUCUUCCUUUAGAAAGGACAAUACAGACAAUCCUUUAAUGUCAGAGGAUUAUGGACUUGCAGUUCACUGAAUCAAAAUUAAUCAAGAGUAAUCAAAAGUGUGUUUCAUUUUAAAUCACAGGACAGCAAACGUGUAACUCACCAUUGCUAUUUAAAUGCGAGAGGGGCACAGUAAGGGACUGUCCAUGCUGGCCUGACCUGCUUUUUUUAUUGUAAAGGCUGCAAGUGCCUCACCUGUGGAGGUUGUAUCUCAUCUUUAGCUUGCUGUAAAGUCGUCUUAAAUACAUCUGGUUUUAUUUCCACGUUGUGAGGAUUGAGGGAUAAAAUCCUUUGUCUUGAGAAAGUUUCAAUGCUCAAAUAAAACCCGGACUGAAAGAACUAA